AUGUCUGAGACCUCAGCAUUCACAGACUUUGAUGUUGCGGACCUUGAGAAGGCUACCCUUUUGAGUGGCAAGAAUGGAUACUCGAGCGCGUGCUUGCCUCAGCAUGGAAUUCCUUCCCUCAGAAUGUCAGACGGGCCCUCCGCUUGUCGAGGAACAACGUCAGUUCCCGAACUCGGAUUGUAUGCUUACCAGCCCAGUGUUUUCAACGGCACACCGUCAAACUGUUAUCCAUGCUCCCUUGGCCUUGGGGCCUCAUUUGACAUUGAACUGGUCGCCGACGUCGCUGGGCAGAUAGCCAAAGAAGCUCGGGCCAAAAAUGUCCAUGUCCUUCUUGCCCCGACGGUGAACCUCGUUCGGUCUCCGCUCGCCGGCCGCGGGUUUGAGUUCUUCAGCGAAGACCCAUACCAUGCUGGAAUGAUGGGGGCAGCCCAUGUCAAGGCAGUGCAAGCGCAAGGUAUUAGCGCGUGCUUGAAGCAUUUUAUCGCGAAUGAACAGGAGACAGAGAAGCACUCCAACGACUCCAUUGUCAGUCCUCGAGCCCUGAGGGAAGUAUACCUUGAGCCCUUUAGGAUUGUGCUCCAUGAAGCCAGCCCGCUUUCGAUAAUGACCUCGUACAACCGUCUGAACGGCCUGCACACUUCGGAAGACAAGUGGCUUCUCCAUGAUGUUCUGCGACAGGAGUGGAACUGGAAAGGUACUCUUAUCUCCGACUGGUAUGGUACAUACAGCUGCUCAACAAGCAUUAAAGCAGGACUGGAUAUUGAGAUGCCAGGCCCAGCCCUGUGGCGAGCCGCACCCCAGAUUCUGAGUCUCCUGGAAGCUGGCAAGAUCACCACUAAAGACAUCGAUGCGUGUGCCACUCGAGUCUUGUCCCUGGUCAAGCAUUUGCUGAAAUCGGGGCUUCUCUUCGAAGACGUAGAGAACAUUGUCGAUACCCCGGAGUCUCGUAACCUACUGCGUCGAGCCGCUGCCGAUGCCAUCGUUCUCCUUAAGAACGAUGCCAAGGUGCUCCCAAUCGAUCCCUCCAAGCUCAAGCGUAUUGCAGUCAUUGGCCUCAGUGCAGCCAUGGCCCAUACCUCGGGCGGAGGUGCUGCUUCAGUGCCAACCGAAACGUUUACAGUGUCCCCACUGGCAGGCAUCAAAGGCGCCGUCGAACCGCUCGGGAUCCAAGUUGAUUGGGCCCCCGGCACCAGCAACUACCGCUUCACCCCACCCCUUGACCCGUAUCUGGUUGGCGCAGCCCAUCCGGUGGAAAUUGAGUUCUGGCGAUCCGAGCCGCACGCGCAAUGGAAAGACGGUGUUGCUGGAGUGAUCCCUUCGAGCGCUGCAGACCACGUACUGCGCGUUUCCACUACGAAAUGUUUCAUGCACGACGGCGUUCCUGAAGAUAUCAUUAACAACGCCCGCCACGUUCGACUCCGUACCAUCUUCAAGGCCCCCCUCACUGGCCAAUGGAAGUUUGGCAUCUCAUCCAUUGACCAAUGCCAAUUCUUUGUGGACGGUACCAACAUCGACUAUACCACAAACCUUGGAAAAGGCGAGCUUUUCUUUGGCUUUUGCCACGAGGAGCGGUCCAUCGUGAUGGAUCUCCGCCAGGGCCAAGAGUACACAAUCGAGCUCCGCUGCUGGGCCACGGGCAAGAUGGACUCGUUGCCUGUCAAGUUUUCGGCCGGAUUCCAGAUCGGAGGAGCUCCUGCUCUGGAGCCGCAGCAGGCGAUUGUGGAGGCUGUUGAGUUGGCUCAGUCUGCUGAUAUCACCAUUGUUGUGGUGGGCCUCAACAAGGACUACGAAACGGAAGGCAACGAUAGGGACGACAUGGACCUUCCUGGCACGGCCAAUGAUCUUGUUAAAGCCAUCCUGGCCACCUCGCAGGAUGUCGUGGUUGUCAAUCAAUCUGGAAUGCCUGUAACAAUGCCUUGGGCAGACGACGCCUCUACCCUUUUACAAGCUUUCUACGGCGGCUCCAACUUGGGUAAUGGCCUUGCCGACGUUCUGUUCGGAAAGGUCAACCCGUCUGGCAAGCUGCCGGUGACGUUCCCGAGAACGCUUGGGGACACGCCCACAGCCACUGGCUAUGGGACCACAGCCGCAUCAGUCACCAAAGCCUACUACCAGGAGGAUAUCUUUGUCGGUUACCGCCACUUUGACCGGACCGCCAGGCUUCCUCUCUUUCCGUUUGGCCAUGGACUGUCGUACACCACAUUCGAGUAUUCCAGUCUGACCGCCACAAACCCGGACGGGCAAGAAGGCAAGUUCAGGAUCCAGUUCACAAUCAAGAAUACAGGCCACCUCUUCGGCAAGGAGGCCGCUCAAGUGUACGUCGCAGACGUCAAGAGCAGCGUGGUUCGCCCGUGCAAGGAACUCAAGGCUUUCCGCAAAGUUGCUCUGGAGCCGGGACAGGCAAGUGAGGUGGUCAUCGAGCUGGACAAGCGCGCUCUCUCCUUCUGGGAAGACAGCGAGGAAGGUGGUUGGCGGGCCGAAGCUGGUGUGUUUGAGGUUUUGGUUGGUCCCUCGUCCGCCUCCCUGCCCCUCAAGGUGGAGAUCACUCUAGAGCGGGAUAUUGCCUGGCGAGGAUUGUAG